UUGGUCUUCUAAUACCAUUGCUGGCGGAAACAUUUCAACUAACAUACCGAUUCCUCUCCCUCCAACAUACGUGACACGCUGCUUUCUGCCUCCCUCUUUUGGUGCUACCGCCACUACAUUGCAUCAUCCCCGGCCAGAUAUGGAGCUUCCCGGUGGGAACGGAGAGCAAUUUUACCAAUACAUCGUCGUGAUGCGCCAUGGUGACCGCCUCGACAACGUUGAUCCGCUUUGGGUUACAAAGGCGGAACGGCCCUGGGACCCUCCGCUCCACCAGGACGGCAAGGCUCGCGCUUUCGCGGUUGGAAACAGGCUCCGCCCAGAUCUUGGCUCCCCUAUCCACCGGGUCUUCGUGUCUCCCUUUCUUCGCUGCCUCCAGACCGCCUCUGAGGUAAUCCGAGCUCUCUCCAUCACAUCCGGUUCCACAACUGAUCCCAAUGCUGUCUCUUCAGAUCAUUCCGAAAUCAAGGCUUCUGUUGAAAUGGGGUUAUGUGAAAUGUUGAAUACACAAGCCAUAAGAGCUAAUGUGGCGCCAAAGGAUGGGGAUUUUAAGUUCAACAUCUCGGAAUGUGAAGCUCAGUUGCCGACUGGAACCAUAGAUCAAAAUGCAAAAAAAAUCUACAAGAAGCUACCGGAUUGGGAAGAGCCUGUGGCAGCUGCGAGGGUUCGGUAUAUGGAGGUUGCUAAGGCACUUGCUGAUAAAUACCUAUCUGAAAACUUGUUGCUUGUGACGCAUGGGGAAGGAGUAGGCUCCGUGUAUGCAACCGUGACAGGAGCUACUGUUUAUGAGGUAGACUAUUGUGGAUUUACAAUCUUAAGAAGGCGUAUAAUUUCUGGUGCAGACCAGUCAUUUAGUGCUGGAGAGUUUACAAACCAGAGUGAAUUUGGCAUGAAGUUUUUGGCUGCGACAAUCAAUGAUCUUUCUCAAAGAUGAUUGGCGUUUCUUCAUUGUUCAUUCAAUCAAUGAUUCCACACUAAAGUUGCGGGGUUAUUCGUCAAACUUUGCCUUAGUGAUUGACUUGUUGCUCACAUUAAAUAAGAUUAUUUUUGACAUGAUUUUUGGAAAAAUAUUGUUCACUUGGAAAGUUUAAAUAUAUUGUUAGAU